AUGGAAGCAACAGGCAGGUAUGGUGGUUUACUUACCAUGUGGGAUAGUCAACAAUUCACUGCGACGGAAUCAAUUCGUUCUAGAUUCUUUCUAAUUGUAUUUGGUAGAUGGGGCGAUGGUGGUGACGAACUUGCGAUAAUGAAUGUCUAUGCUCCACUGGCGCCAGCCCUGAAAAAGAAACUAUGGGACGAUCUCUCUAUGUUGAAGACUAACAGGAACGCAAGAUGGAUCAUUAUGGGUGACUUUAAUGUGAAAUCUUUAAAGGGUGUAUGGUCAAACAUUGCCAAGGCCUUAGGAGCAAUGGAGAAAAUGGGGCUGGCAGCAACAGAUGUUAUACGGAUGACAAACGACAGAUGGGGUUCAGACUUUGUUGAGGGUGAGGAUCUCUCGGUAGCCUUGUUGAGGAUUAGACUUGACAGGGCAUCCCAUCAGAUCUUUGAUGGGGAAUUCUCAUGGUCGAAAGUUGUUCCAACAAAGGUCUCAUGUUUUGUAUGGCGAGCAAAACAAAAUAGAAUCCCAUCAUUGGUGGCUCUAAACAAAAGAGGUGUUACAUUUAAGUCAGUUACAUGUGGUGAGUGCCAAAAUAAGGAGGAGACUGCAGAUCAUUUACUCAUAACAUGCCCGUUGGUGAAAGAAGUGUGGAUGGCGGUUACACAGUGGUGUGGAGUCUCGAAUUCAAUCAGUGACUGUACUACAGUCAGUGAGGCUCUUGUGGGGGACAACAUCGGAGACAUGAACCUUGCACAUCUACUGCUCCCGCUCCCACCGAGCCCCUCAAACCCCCAACAACAACAGCUGCAACAUCAGCAACAUAACCAAAUUAUGCUGCCAGUUCGUCAGCAACCAGUCCUGCCAGCAGUACACCCGAAUACUCAGCUACCGCUUCUUCCAGCCUUGGUUCAUUUUCUUUCUUCUCGGUUACCGUCUUCUCGAUCGUUCCUUCACACAAAAAGAUAUGCUAUGAUCCAUUGCCUUUUUGAUGGUAUUAGGCGCAACUCUGAAAGAUUGUUGGGGAUAAUAACACUACCUGGAAAACUUAGAAUGCUUCCACCUGAUGACACAUGCUCACAUUCCUCAUAA